AGUAUAGUAUAGUAUAGUAUGAGAACGAGGGGGGGGAUCCAACAUAAAAGGAUUUAAUGUUUCCGCACGGGACGAUUUCUGUGUUGCCCACGGAAGACGCGCCUACUUAAGGUUGCGUCUAGCUGCAAUGGCGAUACCUACGAAUAUUGGAUCACUAUUACAGUCGGAAAUAAUAGAGGAUUCUCUUUACAAAGAUGAAGGCGUUUGUGUUUUGGGCAUAUUUGGGAAAAGUGCGAUGCAGGCCGGAUCUGCCAAGGAAUCUCUUAUAAACGUUUUAGCAGACAAACAUAUCUUUCCACUUUUUGGGACGGACGGCUCGGACGGUGGAAGCUUAAUUAAGGCAUAUUAUAAUCAAGAGAACCGUGUGUUAUAUUUGUUGUUGACUUCUGUUUUCGACAGCCGUCAGCUUCUCCAGGCAUGCGAGUCUUUGACAGCUGGCCUGGGUCACGCCGAGGCACAAGACUUUUGGAAAGGAGCAGAGAAAGAUCACUGUGUUCAGUUAUUGUUCCUCUUCUCGAUGUGUCACGUUCUUCUCUUGGUUCACCCCACCUGCUCUUUCGAUGUCACGUACGAUAGGUUAUUUCGUGCCCUGGACGCGCUUCGUCAGAAAGCGUUACCGCUGCUCCGCGGCGCAAUUAAGGACUCUCCCGUUUCCAAAGAAUGGAAGAUGAACUGCCGUCCAUGUCCGCCUCGCCUGCUGUUUGUAUUUCAAAUGAAUGGAGCACUCAAGGUCAGUACAUCAGGACUGGGUGGAAAUGGUAAUGAACUUGCAGGGGCAGAGAAACCUAAAAAACACUCUCCAAGGAGGCGUCUACAACAUGCACUGGAGGAUCAGAUUUACAGAAUUUUCCGUAAAAGCAGAGUUCUCACAAACCAAAGCAGUAAUUGUCUUUUCACUGUGCCUGCCAACCAGGCUUUUGUUUAUGUUGUGCCAGGACCAGAUGAAGAUCCAAUCAGCUCCUUGCUUGGACAGCUGCGGUCAAACUGUGCCUUGCGUGAAAAUGACACUGGUGUACCUGCACCCGGGCAAAGACGCUACCAACAGCUGCGUCACUCCAACAGACAACCAUCAUUCAAUGUGGAAAAUGGCAGUCUGUCUUCUUCAGGAGGCCAGUUAGUGGACUGCACUUUGAAGGAGUUUCUGUGGCAACACGUGGAGCUUGUGUUGAGUAAGAAAGGCUUUGAUGAUAGUGUUGGUCGCAACCCACAGCCAUCUCACUUUGAGCUGCCCACCUAUUCCAAAUGGGCUCACGUUGCUUCCAGACUGUACCAAGUCAUGAUAGAAAACAGUGAAGAUGAAACAGCGGAGCUCUCCCUCAAAGUGCAGGGUCAGCUGAAAGUGCUCGAGGGUUUCCUGGACGCAGAUGCCAAAUUCUCUGAAAAUAGGUGUCAAAAAGCCCUGCCCCUGGCUCACAGCGCAUAUCAGUCCAACCUCCCACACAACUACACCACCACAGUGCAUAAGAACCAGCUAGCUCAAGCGUUGCGUGUAUACAGUCAGCAUGCCAGGGGCGUUGCCUUCCAGAGGUAUGCUUUGCAGCUUCAUGAGGACUGCUACAAGUUCUGGAGUAACGGCCAUCAGCUGUGUGAGGAGCGCAGUCUCACUGAUCAGCACUGCGUGCAUAAAUUUCACCUGCUGCCCAAACCUGGAGAGAAACCAGAGAUGGACCACAACCCUCCUAUCCUCUACCACAAUAGCAGAGGGCGCUCUACAAGUUCCUGUAAUUGUGGCAGGAAGCAAGCCCCUCGUGAAGACCCAUUUGACAUCCAGGCUGCCAACUAUGAUUUUUAUCAAUUGCUUGAGGAAAAGUGCUGCAGUAAACUGGAAAGGAUACAUUUUCCUGUGUUCCAAGCCAGCACGGCAGACCCCGCCCCUGCCUGCGACGAUGUGACCAGAUCCACUGAAGCGCCUUCAUCGGGGGAAGGCGAUCGUCUCAAAGAGAAAGAAACUGCUACCCAUACCCCAGGAGACAGCACCAGUCUGAGCCUUGCCCUCAGCCUGGGCCAGUCAACCGACAGCCUAGGCCCGUAUGGAGAUGGAGCCGAGGGCCGAGAAGAGCCGAGUGUGGACAGACAGGCCUCCACCGUGGAGUAUCUCCCUGGCAUGCUCCACUCUGGCUGCCCAAAGGGACUGCUGCCCAAGUUCUCCAGCUGGUCACUGGUAAAGCUGGGCCCAGCCAAAGCCUACAACAGCCUUGCAGGUUUAGAGCAGCCUGGCUUUCUCCCCGGCUCUGCCUUCCUCCUGCCUUGGGACGUGGUGAUUCGAAGUCGCUCUGAGGACGACGCAGGCUCGAUCGAACUGCUGGAUGGUGGGCCCUCCUCCUGGCCAGCGCCCAAUAAAGCUCCGGCAGGCAAGCGGGGCAGCGGCAGCAGUAUGGGACGAGGCCGCAGGCGUGAUGACGUAGUACGUGCCUACGUGGGCUUUGAGUAUGAGGACAGCAGGGGCCGUCGGUUCCUCAGCUCCGGUCCAGAUAAGGUGGUGAAAGUUCUCGGACAGGGAGGGGCAAAGGAGCCAGCUAGUCGAGUUCUGAACUCAGACAUGCCACUGUACAUCCCAUCUCCUGCCCAAGGCAGAGGUAUCAAACCUCACUAUGCUCAGCUGGCUCGCCUCUUCAUUGUGGUUCCUGAUGCCCCACUUGAGAUUACUCUUAGCCCACAGGUUCAGCCAGGUCCGCCGACCUGUCCCAUUUUCCAUCCUGAGCAAGCGGAGGUAGUGCUGCCCUCUGAUGGGACUUUCGUGUUACGAUUCCCAUAUGCCUACGUGACAGACCGUGGGCCAUGUUAUCCCCCGAAGGAGAAUCAGCCGCUGGCAAGCUUCAGAGUCCUGAAGGGCGUUUUGCGUGCCAACUCUGCUAGUGCUCCUCUGCAGUGACACGCACAUGCAUAAAACAACACUUAAAUAAAUUUGUCAGUUGUGUUUUUCAGAAAGCCUGAAGGAUUCUUCUUGAUGUCAUGUCUCCUUUUUGCUUGUUGCUUGAUGUGUAAUUUGUUUUAAAGUACUUUGUGUUUAUGCUGUAGUGCUGUUAAGAAUAAAAGUUAGGCAUUGUGCUAGAA